ACUCUUGCCAGUUUAUAUCCCACUGGUCUAGAUAGCCAGGGAUGCUGGGAUAUUGUCGCGAGACAACUCGCUUUCACGGCGCUAGAGACUAGAAUGAGUGAAGGAAAAUUAUACAGUGCUAAAGUUUAGUGUGGAAAAGAUUCCAGUGAUACAAACGAGUGAUUAACGAGUAAGCUACACGACUAAAAAAAUGAAUCGUGAAGUACAAACAACCUCCAGGUGACAGCCCUUUACGGCGGGGUCAAGAAAAGGUCAAAACCAACGCCUCUUCCCUCCUGCCUUAUACCCACCCCUCCCCACCACGUACCUGGAGGUCAGAGCAAGCCCCUAAGUGAUGACGUCAUCAGCCCUUUCUAUCCUGUAAGGAAGACAUGGAAAACAGAUAAGUGAGUGACCUUAGCAAGGGACGAUGGAGUGACUCUCGUCAGCGGUGACUGCCAGAGCCAGGUGCUUGGGCCCGGGUGGGACUAUGGGCUGCAGGGAAGUGUUGCUACUCACGGCGACCGCUGGCGUCUCGCUGGUCCCGCACUCCGUGUUCCGGGAGUGAAGGAGGAGCCCGCGGAGGGCGAGGGUGAUGGAGGGCCGCCCGGGAGUCUCAGCCACUCUUCCGCGCAACAGGGGCGCAACUCUGCCAGGGUACCGCGUGGGACCCGUUCGCUAUGAUGUUCGCCUGGCGCCCCAAGACGGUCCUGGGGCACUGCUCCCCACCCGGAGGUGUUCUGAGGGAGACCUCGUAGCAACAGCGCGAAAGAACUGCUUGCUGGAAGACGGAGCGGCCGUCGACGGUGUUCGAGACACGCAGAGACACCCGGCCCUUCGGCCGCUAGUUAACAACGGGCCGACCACCCAUUCUCUACGCCCUUCUGGGAUUUCAGGGGCGACUUCUCAGGAGGCCAUUGCAUCACCUCUUCCCCUGAAGGAAGCCCAUUCGUUGAUCAGCCACAAGCUUCCUGCCCCUGUUGUUUCGCCCCUCCUCCCCCCUGUGUCCCCACGCCCCCCCGCCGGCAGACGAAGCUUCAAUGCCUUGCCUCGCCCGUGGGUGUCGCCUGCGCCCCAAGCAGAGCAAAACGCUGCCAGUGAGAACCCGGACAAUAGAGGGAGUGACAGUAGCGGUGUAGGCGGCAGGUGGCGUUUGGCGCCAACAGAUGGCGUAAGCGUUCACACCAAGAGCGGCUCCGACACAAGCCCGCUAAAAUUAUCAUCAAACCCUCCCGAGGCGAACAAGUCAGCUUCCCUGUGGGGUGGUGCGCGUCCAGCGCCGCCCAUAAACUCUCCCGUCGACGCCACAACUUUCAGAAGCGAGGCCACCAUUCUAGUGACGCAGUGUGACGGCACCCAGGCCGCUCGCCGACCCUCGCAGGGCAGUCGCUCUCCGAUAUGUUGGCGUCGGGGCGUUCCCAAUCUCAGCCUGUUGAAGACCGCCCCCAGUAAUGAGGGCGAGGGUAUGGGGGCGCAACGGACAGCGGCGCCGGGUGCUGCUGCAGGAGGUGCGGUCGUAGUGGAGGAAGUGAGGGCGGACGGGCUGCCUCCCCCCGCCGCUAAAUAUACGUGUUGUGUGGCGGGCCGCUCCCCCCGGCAGCUGGUGCCCCGCCACGCCACUAUGUUUAGCUACCCGGGCCCGCCGCGCCCUGCCAUCCCGGAGGAACCCGCCAGUGCGCACCUUACCAGUGACCAGCGCAGUGCUCAGCCGCCCACACCGCCCACUCACGCCCAUGGCAGAACAGUGCAGUGUGAAGUGUUUUCCGGCGGAGGGGGCGGAAGUGUAGCGACGGGGGGCAGCGGUCAUGGGGACCGUGUGGCCCCCCCGGAGCCAGUGACCCCCCAGGACAAUUGUGGCGCAGCCCCCAGCAGCUUCAGAGAUAGGACAAGCCGCAGGCUGGUACGGCCUAGACCAGAAAUACCAGAUCAUUUAUACCGACGGUGGGCGGCGCUGCUACCAAGUGAUGCUGGCAUAAACUACAAGCAUAAACCACAGCAGGAAGGUGUCGGGGGUCACGGUGGCGUGGGGCCCUCCGGGGGGCCCGUGGCGGGGCCUACAGAUGAGGGAGCCCGGACGCUGACGUCACCUGACCUCAGUCCUGCGUCAGGAGGGCCACCUGAGUCUCCCGACUACUCGGUAGACUUUUCCUCCUGUAGCGCUGCCCGGUUCCGACUGGGCAACUCUACCGGCGUUCUGGGGGGCGGAAGGAAGGAAGGGGGGCGUGGCCCCCCACCAUCACGCCCGCCCCGAUCUCGACAGGAUCAUUUGGAAAGUCUUAGGAAAUGUACGGAGCGCCUUAAAACCCCUUCGCCCGAUAAGAAGGUCCGAGCCGACUCUGCCCCUCCUCCAGACACUAGCUCGGCGGGCAAGGGGCCCGAGAGCGUCCCUCCGCGGGCGAAGACGAAGGGCCGCAACAACGAGCCUCGCUCCGUCUUGACUCGCCAUCCCUCCCUGGGGAAGAGCCCCAGUCUGCCCCCUCAGCUCCCAUCCGCGAAGGAUGGAGGGGACAGCAAGCCUUCGUCGCCGCCCACCGCGAAGGACCAGAAGGAUGUGGGUCCUCCAGGUGGCGCUCGUGAGGAUGAGGAUAUCUUUAAGGAGGACAUCGCAAAACUUCCUCCGCGACCGCGGCCCGAACCUCGACUGGGUAUCUCUCCCCGGGUGAUCCCCUUCAGGUCAGCCUCGGUGUCGCAGGUGGACGUGUCCUCCGAUGGCCCUUUCUCCUCGCGCAGCAGCAAGUCUCCGACUGCCAUCCGCCUCUACCCCAUCUGUACGAAUUACUAUUUCUCGAACACCCUGCCGCGUCGUAAGCCCGUCGUGGCAGACAAGGAGGAGGGCAGGACCCAGGAUGGCCCUGAGCUCCACCCGCCGCUCGCAGCCGCGGUAUCCAUCAGUGACAUGACCAACGUUGGUGCCAAGACGGGCUCCUCGCAGCCAGAGAAGCUCGAGAACAAGUCCAAGUCCGAGAGCGAGUUGUCGGCGGCGGGUCUGAGGGCCGGCGAGGGCGGGAGUCCCAAGGUCGAUAUCCUGGUGAAGGACCUUAGGGACAACAACAACGCUCGGGGCAAGAAGGCCGACUUCAAGGAAGAACCAGACGAGGAAGGGAAAAGGGAUAAGCCAAAGCAUUUAAAUGUAAAUGAAAUUGAAUUAAAACGUGAUCAGAAAGGAGAAAAUGACUCGAAGCAGAUGGCAAGUGAAAAUACUAAGCUUGAGAUGCCUUCGCACAGUGACGAGGCUCAGGGUGUAAAUAAAGCAGAUUUAGAAAAGAAUACAGCUGAAAGUGAUGCGAAAACAGUGCAAAACGUUAUUGAAAACGAUUUUAAAACGGAUAUAACAAAAAUUAAUAACCAGCAAAAUCUCUUCGAUGGUGGGAAAAAUACCAGUGCUUGUGUUGUUGAUCAUAAAGACUUUAACGUAGGUGAUAUAGCUAAUUCAAAAAUAUCUAUAGAAAUUUCAAGUGAAACACCCCAAAAGGUAGAGGUAAAUUCAAAAUCGAGUGAGAACGUAGACAAAGAGAGAGCGUUGAGGAACGACACACAAAGAGGGUCGGAAGGAGACCGGGGGGCGCAGGGGCUGGUCACAACGGCGGCCAGUCUCCCGUGCCAUGGCGACGUGGCCGAAACAAAAGGAAGCGGCGAAGGGGGUGAUAGUGUGAAUAACGUGGCCGGCAUAAGAACUUCGGUCGGGGAAAUACCGUCUUUACGAGGUGACGUGGACGGACCUUCGACUUCGAAAAAAGACUCGACGACCGAAGCGCCACGAGUGUCUGAGGAAGGCGUAGAAGGAAGCAGCAGCGCGGGCGACGUCACUUCUCCCGAAUUCGUUCUGGAAAGUGGCAUUGAAGGGCACAAUGACGAGGUAAGUGUUGCAGAUCGAGGUGAUGUGUCAGUGUUGGGGAAAGAUGGGGAGUGUGAAGUAAGUGGGGCUCCCCCGGGAGGGGAACCGCCCAACUCUGGAGGACUGGUUCCUCCAGAGGAUACUCUCAAGUCUGUGCAUGACCCUCAAGAACAUAAAGAAAUUUCUGAUGUUGAUCCUAGUGCUCUUAGUAAUAAAAUAUCUUUAGUUCAUAAUGAGUGUCCACCCCCUAAAAGUGACAUUAGACUAGCAGAAAUUCCUUCAGAAGAUCCAAGCUCAGCGCCCAGAGUGGCUGCGGCGUCCGUAGGGGAGGGUAAGGCUCCCCACGCGGAGGGGAGUGGAAGCCAGUGUACAGACCGCAGGCAGAUCGAGUGCCAGGUGUUGCAGAAGGAGCCGAGACUGUCUCAGUGUUUAGUCAUUAAGACUGGAGCUCGAGAAGGGGAAGGGGAUCCUCUAGGGGUCCAGGGCGCGACCUCCGAGUGCCGGGUUAUGAGGUCUCGACCUCGCCUGCCGAGAGAGGAUUCCGAUGGGGAUAGCGGGGAGCGCGAACCUUCUCGAGCGACGUACGUUACUCAGGUCAGCGAUGAAGGCAUUUUUGAGGAAGAGAUUAAGAGUCAAGAACCCCGGGACUCUUCUGACUCCUCAUCACAAGACAGCGUGGGUGUGUCUCAGGAACGUUGCGAGGAGGCCAUCGAGGCAGCUGCGGCGUCUGCAACAGAAGCUCCUGUUCGGACGGGGUCGCGACGGCGGAGGAAGUUAACCGAAGAAGGCAACGAACGGUCCCUCACCUUCCCACCGCCCAGGAAAGGGUCUCAGGCUGACUCUAUAGGAUACUCGUCUGUGGAGAGUAACGGCCUCCGGAGCUUAGCUACGUCAGGUGGCUAUGGAGACCGAGGUAGCAGUGAGGAGCAGCGCAGCUCCGUUUCUCUCGCCGACAGCUUUCAGAGCGAGGCCAGCCAGCCUCGAGAUACGCACCAGCUACUUAUCAUCUCGGAGACACGACCGAUCGACCGCGCCGAGCGUAAGAAGAAGCACCACAGCGACCCAAGUUGCGAGAGGCGUGGCAGCACAGACGCCCUGCUGUACCUUAGCGAUCCUCAUCUCGGGAAUACGACCUCAGAAGGGGAGGCGACGAGGACAUCCAGCAAGGGCGUCGUGUCCCAGGCGUCCACGGACUCCGAGGGACGGGAUGAGCGAGGGGAGCAGCCCAUCGUGGGCGUGCCGAGACUUACGCCGCAGGUAAUGUUCAGCGGACACGAGAGUGACGGUUCUGACUACCCACCGUGCCGCACGCCCGCCAGGAACGCCUCACCGAUUCCGUACCUUCAAGAUAGCGAUUCCGGGGACCGCAGCGCCCCCAGGAGUCCGCUUGGCCCUCGACGAUACUCCAAGAGGCCACUCCGCGGACCCUACGGCGAGAUGCUGGAGGCCGAGAUGAGCAAGUCGAAAUCCUCCUCGACGUACCUGACCGAAGAUUCUUAUUUACGUCUUCGGGAUGCGAAGAGCUGCUCGCCUCGCCCUCCUUCCCCCGCGUCUCCCGCGGUGAUGGCGGAGGGAACCGGGCGCCCGUCACUCAUCAUCCCCACCACCCGCUCCUUCGACGACUCAGCCAUUAGCAUAAACUACUCGAAUACCUCAGACAGGCCACUGCGUCGUAAAAUUAGCGAGGAGACAGACCCCGGGGCUACCUCCCCAGUGGGCGGCACAGCGUGGGAGAGCGACGGGGAGGGGACCCUAUCCCCCCCUCUCUCCAUAGGACCUAUCCAUCAGCGAACUGCUUCGUCCCCUUGUAAACUCUUCAGCGAGGGAGGGUUCACCUCUGAGGAGGAACAAGAGCUUGUGGACUAUUAUUCGGCUGCGACACGGUUACUGGCACAGCAGAACCAGCACCAGCGGUCUCAGCAGCACCGGCAGCAGCAGCAACAACAGCUGCAACCUGAGCUGACACAGCAGGAACAUCUCGGGAGUGAGCUAGCGUCUGAGGCGCGACACCCUGGUACUCACGAGCACAGGCACACCCCAGACCACAGGCACUCCCACAAGCGGCACAGGAAGUAUAUGCAGACUCUCAAGACGCCGGAGUUUAGCAACAUAAUCGAUGGAAAUCUUGUCGACGAUAUUUUCUUCCAAGUUCCCGAGAUCCACGCGCUUCACGAAAGGUUUUUGGAAGAACUCAAGCAAAGAAUCGAGUCUCGAGACGCGAACAUGUGCGUGGGAGACCUCUUUCUGCAGCUGGUAAAUGACCCAAGCCUCAUUGAGAGCUACACAGCAUUCACCAACAACUGGAAAACGGCGCACGAGGCUGCCAAAGCUGCUGCUCAGGCCAAGCAAUCCUUCAAACAUUUCUUGCUGGCCCGGGCGAGGGAGCAUCAUGGAAAACUGGACCUGAAAGCUCUCCUUAUCAAACCCGUUCAGCGCUUCCCACAAUUCGAGCUGAUGAUGAAGCGUCUGCUAAAGCACACGAGUCGUGACCACCCUGACCACGUCCUCUUGACUGAGGCCAUCGUCAUGGUGCAGCAGAUCGCCUCCAGGAUCAACGCGUCCGUCCUGCUUAAGGAGCUCGAGAAUACCAUCGAGGGCUUGGACGGCCUCGUGCAGCCGGAUAGGACGUACCUCCGUCAUGACCUGGUGACGAUGCACUCGGGGCUUGGCACGAGGAAGGAGCGCUGCCUCUUCCUCUUCUCGGAUCUCCUGGUCAUCGCGGCCACCAAGAGACGUUCCGGCACCAUCAGGAAAGGUUCUAGUCUGCAGUUCACCGUCUUGAGUUCCCUUGAGGCUAACAAGUUCAAGUUAUUCAAAUUCAUUCCACUGGAUGACCUGGAAAUUGCUAGGUCGCGCGACGAGAGCGUCAAAAAGCUAGUGCGGGAAAAGGAGACGUUGGAGGAGGACCUGCAGACGUUGCAGCAGAUCUCAAAGCUCACCAAGAACCUUCGGUGUCCUCACGUGACCAUCGAGGAGUCAGUGCAGGAGACGUUGGCCACCGUGCAGAAGCAGCUGGCCGAGCGCCACGGCGCGGACUCCCAGCCGAUGGAACUCGAACUCACCAUCAGCACGCAAGAAGGGAUGGAAAACCUGGUGUUCAUGUUCAACAGCGUAGAAAAGAGAGCAAUGUGGGAGGAAGCUUUUAAUGAUGCUAAACACAAAUUAGCUAUGUCAGCAGACCGUAGGCCUCCUCCUGAGUUUGUUUCUGCGCUGCCUAUUAGGAAGACCCGAGCUGGUCUGCAGUUUACUUGUGCUGCUGCCACAUUGGGCCUUAAUGCUCACAAUCUUAGAGACGUUUGGGUUUGCAACAGUGAUGGCUAUGUAGGGCAGGUCUGUGUACUAAGUUUACAGCCAGAUCCAACUGUUGCGUGCUGUAAUGGAGUGUGUAAUGCAAGAAUCCUCUCCAUAGCAUCUAUCCCAGCAGCUCCUCACCCAGAAUCUAGUGAUGAUGAUGAGGACGAAGAAAGCCCCAUUGAAGAUGUUCCAAGAACAAGGAGGAGCGAGUCCCUCCCUCCUGAGAUGGGAAGCGAUGACUCUGACAGCCAACAACCUACCAUGUGGCUUGGCACAGAGGAUGGAUUUAUCCACGUGUAUAACUGCUCUGACACGAUAAGAAUUAAAAAGAACAAAUUCAAGUUUCAACCUGGCUCACCUGUUCAUUGUAUUAUACACCUCGACACUCGAGUUUUUGCAUCCUUAGCAAAUGGUGACAUUAUUGUCUAUCGGAGAGAUGUAUCUGGAGGAUGGAAUGUAGCAGACAGACAGGUAGUGAGCAUUAGCACAGCUGCUGCACCUGUGACUAAGAUGAUGGCAGUUGCAGGGAAACUGUGGUGUGCAGCCAUGAAUACUAUCAGGGUCCUCAACACAGGGUCACUCCAAGUAGAGCAUUCGUUUGUAGUUGGUGGAGAGAAUGGGAGAGGGGUGUCAUGCAUGGUGUCAGCCGGCCAUGGGGUGUGGAUAUCAGUACUCAAUUCAGCUGCAGUGAGACUAUACCAUGCAGUCACUUAUGAGUAUUUGCGUGAAGUAAAUGUAGCUCAGGCAGUCACCAAAAUGCUUGCAGGUUGUGAUGACAUUAUUCGACAACACAAGGCUGCUUGCUUAAGAGUGACAUCACUAUUAGCUUGCAAAGAUCUCCUCUGGGUAGGGACAAGUGCAGGUGUUAUUAUCACAGUACCUCUGCCUCACCUAGCCCUUAAUACCAACCGAGUUCAGGCUCCUCUCAAUAUGGUUGGGAUACCGUAUGGCCAUACUGGUCAUGUUAGAUUUCUAACAAGUGUGGAACUGACUCCUGAACCUCGAACUUCUCGCCUUAAAGGACAUCAUAGGUACUCUUUCAAGGGAAAAGAUCACCCUCAUCACCAGCCAGGCACUGCAGCACCUGCAAAGCUGUUGGUGAUAUCUGGUGGUGAUGGCUAUGAAGAUUUCCGCAACUCGGGAAUGUCAGAACUUGCAGGUCGUGAUGACUCAACCAACCACUUAUUGCUGUGGCAAGUCUGAAUUUCAUGAUAGACUGUUUUGUAGAAUAAAUCUAACAAUGACUUAUCUAAAGAGACUGGCCUGAAAAACUUGUCUCUGGAGGAUUCAUCAGUGACAUUUUGAAAGGUGUCUGCUGCAUAUCCCAUUGAAGAGAGCCAGCUUGCCUGUGACCUUCAGGAAAAACAAAGGAUGAAAAUGGAUGGCCUUGCUAAAGAUGACCUUAAAAAUCUACUUGCUAAAGAUGACCUUAAAAAUCUAUUUUAGCAGAAAUAAAGAGACAUGUAUCA